CCGCUCCUCCCUCCCCUCCGCCUGCCAGGCGAACAAAGGGGCUGAGCGCGGCCCCGCGCUCGCCUGGCCCCUCCGCCAGCUCGGCCCCUGCGCUUCAGCCAUUUGCCUCGCCUGGCAUCGCCCCGCCGCUCCCUCCCCGCCUCCCCGGCCUCCCCGCCGGCUCCCGCGCCGUGGGCGAGGCGGCGGGGCCGCUGCACUGCAGGAGCUGCCCCCAGCGGAGCGGGGCUCGGCGGCCGCGGGAGGAAGAGGGAAUGCAUAUAAGGAGCAGUGAUAUGAAGAAUACUUCACAAAGGUCAUGCGAAGACAAACUUGACUAGUCGCCUUCCAGAAUCAAUUGCAGCCUCAGCCUUCCACUGAAAUAGUUGCACAAGGUGAUGGCCGCCCCGCCGCGGCCGGCAGCGCUCCGCACAGGCUCGGCGCGGCGCCGCCAAAGGUAGCGCGGCUCCAUGGAGGGCUCCCUGGAGGGCAGCGCGGCCCCGGAGGAGGAGAGCGGGGCCGCGAACGGCGCCCCCCCGCCGCCGCCGCCGCCCACCCCGGCCGCCCCCUGCGGCUUCAGCUCCUCCCUCUGCUUCAGCGCUGCCGCCGCCGAGCCGCAGCCGCCCGCGGCCGGCGGCCGGGUGGUACAGAGCCAGUGGGAGAUCAACAACGCCGCCUGCCAGCCGGAGGAGGACGAUGAGGAGGUGGUGGGGCCGCGGGACCGGCCGGCGGAGGAGCCCGACCUUGUGAUCGAGGUGUCGGGGCGUCGCAUUCGGGCGCACAAGGCGGUGCUGGCGGCCAAGAGUGACUACUUUCGUGCCCGCGCCUCCCGGGACGUCCUGCGGGUGAAGGGGGUGAGCUACGGGGCGCUGCGGCUUCUCAUCGACUACGUGUACACGGCCCGCAUGGGAGAGGUGCGGCACGACAACCUGGCGGAGGUGGUGAGCGGCGCCCGCGUCCUGCAGAUGCCGUGUGCCCUGCACUGUGCCGCCGAGGCCAUGCGCGCCCAGCUCUGCCUUGGCAACUGCUACCAGCUCCUUUGCCUGGCCAAGAAGCAGCGGCUGGCGGAGCUACGGGAGGCUGCCUACCGCUUCAUGAGCGACCAUUACCUGGAGGUGCUGCGGGAGCCCAGCGUGUAUGGCCGCCUCAGCGGCACUGAGCGGGACCUCAUCCUGCAGCGGCGCAUGGAGGCCGGCCGGCCCUGCCUGCUGGUGGCCGAGGUCAGCGAUGCCUUCGAGCGGCCGGGUGGCGGCAGCCGGCCACAGAGCCGCGAAAGCAGCCGGCCGCAAAGCCCCUCCUCCGUGGUGUCCCUGGAGGAGAGUGGCUCCCUCAUCCACUGCUACCAGGAGGCCAGCGGCGAGUGGAGGGUGCUGACGCGCCUGCCCGAGGAAGCCAAUGCCAAGGGCUGUGCCAUGUGUGUCCUCCACAACUACCUCUUCCUAGCAGGGGGCAUCGUGACAGGGCCGGUGGGCAGCGAGCCCAGGGCCCGCCUUUCCGACAAGGUCUUCUGCUAUAAUCCCCUCACUGACACCUGGAGCCAGGUGCGGCCGCUGGCCCAGCCCCGCUCGCAGCUCAAGCUGCUGGCCUUGGAUGGUUACCUGUAUGCUGUGGGGGGUGAGUGCCUCUUCACUGUGGAGAGGUACGACCCACGGGCUGACCGCUGGAGCCCUGUGGCACCUCUGCCCAAGGGUGCCUUCGCUGUGGCUCAUGAGGCCACCACUUGCAAUGGGGAGAUCUAUGUGUCAGGAGGCUCCCUCUUCUACCGCCUGCUCAAAUAUGACCCCAAGCGUGACGAGUGGCAGGAGUGCCCUUACAACAGCAGCCGCCGGCGCUCAGCGGACAUGGUGGCCUUCAAGAGCUUCAUCUACCGCUUCGAUGUGAGCAGUAGCCGUGGUGGGGAGCCGGGCCCAGGUGGUGGGGCCGCUGGUGGUGUCGAAGUUUUCCGGUACAACACAGUGGCCAAGUGCUGGAGCCAGUGUGCCAGCCUGCGGCCCAGCGGCAGCCCCAUCCAGCCCUUCCGCUGUGCCCCCUUGGGCAACACCAUCUACUGCGUCAACCGGACCGGCACCCUUCGCUUCAGCCUAGCCCAGGACGGCGAGGUGGAAGCGGAUGGUGGGCUCAAGGGCACUUUUGACGGGGAGCUUCUUAAAGCUCCCUUGGAUGUCAAGGGUGUUCUCCUGCCCUUUGUGCUUACCCUGCCUGAGAGGCUGGACAAAGCAGGGGACCAGGAGGGCUCCCUCCCACUGUGAGAUGGUCAGCCUGGCUCUGGCUUCCUGAGAGGGGAGCUGGGUUGCAGCUGUGGGAAACCCACAAACUCCCACCUACAGAGGGGAUUCCCCCUGGUGAGUCUGCAGAGAAGAGGGGCUCCCCCUUUCCUCCUCUCUGCUCCCAGGAUAUUGAGCUGGUUUUAACUCUUCUCGUGUUUGCUGUGCUUUGUGUGAAAAACCAAGCACAUGAAAGUAAAAGCUGCUAUAUUGGAUAAUCUCUGGAUUAUGUUUGUGCCAAUUCCCAAUCUGAGAAAAACGUUUUUACACCUGGAUAUCUAAAAUAUUCCUGACAACAGUGUCAUAAUGGGACAUUAGUGUUGGUUGUGUGUUUAUGCAUAGUUGCAGUCUGGGUUGGAGCCUUUUCUACUAUUUGGGUUUUUUCCGUCUAGGAUGAUACUGAGGGAUAAACAUAGUUUAGCUGAAUUUGUUUGUAUGUUAAACCAGCUAUUUCCUGUGUCAAAAAAGUAUAGGAAGAACAUCUCCAUCACAGCCUUUCAUUUGUGGUGCAAUGGAUGGUUUAAGGAAGAUGUGGCACUGUGUGGUCCCGGGAAUUUCAACCACAGAUGAUUUAACAUAUACCAGACUUAAAGUUUUGUGUAACUAAAAUGAGUGCCACAUGUUAUACUUGGAAUACAAAAAAAAAAAAAGUCAAGUUACCUUUUUAAAAUGUGGCAUAUUAUAGCACAUAUGAAAUGUUGAUAUGUUCUUUAUUUGAAAAAGGCAACGGUUUCUAUAUAAAAAGACAUUGUUUUAUUACUGUUUUUUAAUCAGAGAUUUUAAAUUAUAACAAAAAUGAACUGAAGCUGUUCAGACUGCAGCCAGUUGAUGUGACCAUGUAUGCCACUAGAGCUGGGGAAAAACUUUGUACUUCAUCUGCUCUUUAAUUAACUGCAGGUCAAGGAAGGUUAACCUAAACCAAAUGUAAGUUCUUUGAAACUGACUGUAAACAGCUUAAAUGUUUCACUGUAUGUUCAGUAUCCUGUGGCAAGAGGCUUUUCCAGCUUGGUUCGAGACCAUCGAAGGAGGACAUGGAAAAUAGGAAUGCGCAACACAUGUCGAUUAUAUUGUGCACUAGCAUGAUGUUACCUCCCUAUCUUUUGAUUGAGAGACUGCUUUAUUUAUUUUGAUCUCAUGAUUAUUGUAAUCAAUAAGUCCUUGUUAAAUGCAGUACGUGCUGAUAGCAUACGCCGUCAUUGUGAUUCUAAGCUUCCCAAGAGAGCUAUUUGUGGAGCAGCAUCCUAAUGAGACAAAACCAUACAAAACUCCUUCUUGCCUGUGGAAAGUUGUCAUGUUACUCAGAACUGGAAAAGAGUAAAUUGUCUACAUAGACAGACUAUAUUGAAAAGGACACAUGCAUUUAUUUUAUACAUUUUAUAUUGCAAAAAAAUCAGCAGGCAAGGCAAAUGUUUUAGCUUUAUGGUAAAUCACUGAGAAACCUUUUCUGAAAAAAGGAACUUGUGUUUUUGCUAGUACAUCACUGUAACUCAGUGUGGAACUGGCGUGGACUGUGGAAGAGAAUUGUUUUUACUCAAAGUUCUUGUAUAGAUUCAUAUUUUAGAAAGACAUAGGGACCUUACAUCAAAGAAAGCAGAUUUUUUUAUGUUUUAUUAAGAUGUUUUUGUUAAAUAGGACUUUAGCAUUCUUAUAUGUAAUUGCUAGUUCCAAAGGAAGACAGCAGGCUCUGUCCUAAGAGACACCAUCUUUACAAAAGAGAGUAGUGAGGUUUGUAGAUACUUCUUUUGUUCACUUAAUUUUUUUUUCUUUUCUCCUUCUGUCUUGCACAGGGUUUUAACACAGUUGAUCUGGUUAGCCAUGCUAUAGAAAACAGUGGUCCAGUCCUAGAAGUUCUUAGCCUAGUGAGCCUAUUCCCUAGUGAACUAAUUAAAGCAUCAGCCGGGCAGGAGCUGUAGGCCUGCAGAGUGUGAUGUUUAUCUUAGCCUCAGUACAGGUUGGUGCCAUGGAAUUUAAUACCAUUCAUGGAGUGUUGGAUUUAAUUCUCAGACAAGAAUCCUUGGAAAUGUUGACUCUAAAUUAAAUUACAGCAUUGUAGCUUGAGCAGGAAAGAAAAAGUAUGUGUUUGCCUUCGGCAUAAUUUUUAUGUUAACUAUAGAAAGUAUUUCAAGCUGGGUAGUGAAACACUUAGGUGCAUACUUAAACUUAGCAUAAGUGCUAGGCCAGAUUUUGAAAUAGUAGAGUCACCAGGAACACACACAAGGAAAUGUCUGUUUUAUCUUGCAAUACAAUACAAUUUCAUAGUUCAAAGUAUUACGUAGUAUAGUUCCUAUACUACAGCAUAACGAGCCAUUAAACCAGCUUUUGCAUUCCUAUUAAUUAAGCAUUAAUUAAGCACUUUCAUUCCUGCUAAUGCAUGAAAAUGCUUUUAAACGAGUUUUGGGAAGUCUCCAUGAUUUAAGCUGUGAAAAUAGCUGCAAACUUUCGUGAAAGAGUGAACCAUAUCCUUUCUUCCAGUAUUUGUUGCUGUACACUGUGAAGAAAUACAUUUGGACAUAAGUUCUACAGUACUAAGCAUUCAAUGAACCUGCAGUGAUCUGUAUUUUUGCUAGCUCCUAUUUUUAGAAAGGGUUGAAUCAAGUGCUUACCUGCUUUCACUGUUUACACAGUGUCAGUGGAGGCAGUCUGGGCUUCAUUAGCAGCUGUCUAUCAAACCUGUUUCCUUUGUACACUCUGCAUAGUCACAGCCUGAUGAUUGACAACAGAGGCAUGUUUCUAGCCAGAUUUCCUACUCUGUGGCCUCUGUUUCCUCCCUGGUAAGCCUUAGGCAGAUUUACUGAGAGUUGUUUUUUCCCCCAAUUAUAGUUUCACCCAAACAACCCCACCAAACUUGGGCACAAAAACCAGAAUUUAGGUAAUCUUCAGGCAUUUGAAGACCAAAAUUAUCAUCCCAGAACUCUUCAGUUUAAUUUAAACCUAGCCACAACUACCCCUUUGACAUGUAGAGGUGCUGAGCAGUUCUCCUCCACUCACUCAGAACUGCCCACCUUGGAGCAGUUCCGCACCUACCUAAGGACCACCUCAACUCCUUUGAAACUAGAUGAUGGGAUACCCAGAAGCCACUGAUCUAAUAGGGUUUUAUGGUACAGAUUAAAGGGCCAGGCCACCCUCAAGUUGCAUAUGUUUUGCUUUAAAGACAAAGCUGUUUUAUCUAGAGUCGCCUGAAGGCUACUCUGUUUGCAUGGGAACAUGGAGAUCUGUGUGUGCUUUCUUAGCCUGCAAACGUUCAACCCACAUCUUCCACUGCCUCAUUGUCAAUGGACUAAAGGACCUCUUGGAGCUAGUCCCUGAUCUCUAAAUGUUUAUGCAUUUUGCAUUGUAUGUUAAUUGGCUAAAAAAUCUCACAAAUUAUCAAGGUAGGUAAAUUCAAACCCUCAUCCUCACUGAUAAAUUGGAGACUAGCCAGAGAGACAUAGUUUACUCUGUCAUCUUUCUUCUCCAUGAAUCUUCCAGUCCUCCCAUUUUAGUGGGACAUGCAGGAGAUAAUUUUUCUGCUCUAAUUUUUUAGGCAAUAAUUUUUCCUUCCUAGAGUACUCCUGUUUUCAAGGUCAUCUGCUUGAGGAUUUAGACUUGAAUUCCCUUAAGCUGAAUAAGGGCUGAAGUGAGGCCUUGCAGUUCACGUGUGUGCGCGCGCACGUGUGUGCAUUUUCAGAUCUAGAUGACUGUUGAGAAGAACUGUAUUGGGACCACUUCCUGGGUUCUUUUUCAGGGGAGAGCUUCUUGCAAAUCCUCCAAAAGCACACACAGGCUCCUCCACAUUGAGUUCUGGGUAAAUUCCAGGCUCCAGCUCCUGGAUGGGUAAAUCAGGACAGAUGUAGUAAAUGUUUGUACAAUUGGGCAAGUUUUCUUUGGAAAGCUUUUGCAGACAGGCUCUGUGUUUUGGGUUACCAGUCCAAGGUGAGCUACUCCAUGCACUGUACCGGGAGGCCAAGCAGGUAAUUCGAAUUCUUCUCAGGGGUGCCGUCUCGGUAAAGAGGCAUUGUAGUGCCUAACAUGGAAAUGCCUAAAGCCUUCGUUGAAUCUAAAACUAAAUCCCAACUUCAAUAAAGAAAUGCUAAUAACAGAUGGAACCUUACCGUUUCCAUCUAUUAACUAGUUCUGUAAAAAGAAAUCCUUAAUUGUAGCAAAGGCAUGUGUUCAAAUUCUGUUCACACUUGGAAACUAAACCAAACAAAUAAUUGGCAAAAGAAUAACCCUAUUUGAUCAAAACCAACACUGUCAAGCAACAUGGGAAGGAUGCUAAUCAUAUCCUAGUAAUGAAUAAAAUUGUGCAGUAGCUGAUGUAAAUUCUGUCCACAAAAAGUUUCUUUGUAAAUAAGUACCUGGUAAAAUUUAAUUGAUAAAAGAAUAAAUUAUUCACAUGAAAGCCGUAA